UACUAUGGGUGGGUGGUCUCUGCAGGGAGUGGGCCUGCCCGUCCCUUUUUAAUCUAAAUGCGCAGCCAAGAGGUGAAAGAAGACACACCACCAAGCAACAUGACUGCACCCAGCAACACCUACGACGUUAUAGUGGUCGGCGCGGGCAUAUCAGGUUUGAGUGCUGCAAAGCUGUUGAAAGCCAGUGGGCUCAAUCCUGUAGUGUUGGAAGCCAGGGACCGGGUUGGUGGUCGUACCUUCACUGUGCAGAAUAAGGAGGCAAAGUGGGUUGAUCUAGGUGGUGCAUACAUUGGACCGACACAGAACCGCAUCCUCCGUCUGGCCAAAGAGUACGGCAUAAAGACCUACAAAGUCAAUGAGCAGGAGAACUUGGUGCAUUAUGUUAAUGGAAAGUCUUACCCAUUCAAAGGUUCCUUGCCUCCCAUUUGGAACCCCAUCACUUUGAUGGACUUCAACAACCUCUUUAGAACAAUGGAUAAGAUGGGCGAGGAGAUUCCCAGAGAGGCUCCCUGGAGAGCUCCCCAUGCUGAGGAGUGGGACAAGAUGACCAUGCAGGAACUCUUUGAAAAACUCUGCUGGACCAGAACUGCUCGUCGCUUCGCCACACUGUUUGUCAACUUGAUCGUGACCGCUGAACCCCACGAGGUGUCGGCUCUCUGGUUACUCUGGUACGUCAAACAGUGCGGAGGAAUAAUGAGGAUCUGCUCCACCACCAAUGGAGGACAGGAGAGGAAGUUUGUAGGGGGUUCGAAUCAAGUGAGUCAGUGCAUGGCGAGGGAGCUGGGAGACCGAGUGAAGCUGCAGUCUCCAGUCUACAGGAUCGACCAGACCGGAGACGUGGUCGUGGUGGAGACCGUGGACAAGCAGACCUACAAGGCCAAGUAUGUGAUCGUGGCCACACCACCUGCUUUGAAUCUGAAGAUGCACUUCAACCCUGAGCUGCCCCCGCUGAGGAACCAGCUGAUCAACCGUGUUCCCAUGGGCUCUGUCAUAAAGUGCAUGGUCUAUUACAGAGAGAACUUCUGGAGGAAAAAGGGUUACUGCGGCAGCAUGGUGAUAGAGGAGGAGGGCGCUCCCAUCGGCUUCACCCUGGAUGACACAAAGCCUGAUGGGACUGUACCUUGUAUUAUGGGAUUCAUCCUUGCCCGCAAGUGCAGAAAGCUCUCAAGCCUGUCCAAGGAAGAAAGGUUGAGAAGGAUCUGUGAGAUCUACUCCAAAGUGCUGGGCACAGAUGAAGCUUUGCAUCCGGUGCACUAUGAGGAGAAGAACUGGUGUGAAGAGGAGUACUCUGGAGGCUGCUACACAGCCUAUUUUCCCCCAGGAAUCCUUACUCAGUUUGGCAGAGUGCUGAGAGAGCCGGUGGGCAAGUUGUACUUUGCGGGCACAGAGACGGCCACCGAAUGGAGUGGCUACAUGGAGGGGGCCGUACAAGCUGGAGAGAGAGCAGCCAGAGAGGUCAUGUGUGCGAUGGGUAAACUCCAACCUAGUCAGAUCUGGCAACCUGAGCCUGAGAACGAGGUGCUGAUUUAUUCUGGCCAAGCAGCCAUAGCUGUUUGAUGAAAUCCAGUGACUUCAGAAGAGAAAAGAGCACCUAAAGAUUAAGCUUGAAUACUUCAGGCUUAUAGAACAAAACGACUGGUGUGCAUCAGAAGUUAGUGCGGGUGGUCUCUCCCUAUGCAGCUACACUUGGAAAAACCCAGAAACUGUUCAGAUCAUCUUCAAACCACGACUUUAUUGAUAUACGCUGAGGUGUCAAAAUUCAUCAUCAAGGCUACAAAGGGGAUGUUGUCAAUGUCGCCAGCGAUCAGUCAUCCUGCUAAAAUCAUGUGUCGGAGGUGUAGAUGUGAAAGCCAACCUGCUGCACAGUCCUCUGUGUGCAGCUCUUUAUGCCCACUACAAGAAUCAUGCUGUUCUUGUCCCAAAGAUGUUUGUGAGUGUAGUUUAUCUGUUGUGCCUUAAUGAAAGUCGUAACGUUUUUGUCAUUUUAUCACAAGUGCCUGUGACUCUGACACUCUCAGCCCUCAUCCCUCUUUCCCUCCCCCACCUGCUCCUGAGGUGAGAAGUCAGAUGGACCAGGUCAUCGGUCCAAGGCAUCAUCUGCGCUCAUUAACAGGGGUUAAUGUGUUCAAGUGCAUCCAAAACCUUUCAUUUUUAAAGUUCCCCUUACCUGAGUUAUGUCCUCACUGCAAACUUGACUCAGGUAAAGCCGAGUGUAAAAACACAGCAUCAGAGCUCAGACUGUUGAGGUGAUCCCUCUGCUUAUCUCUGUAUCCGUGUGUGCUUUGUGUUGUGCCUGCAGCGCUUCUUCCCUCGUUGUGGUGUCCCUCUCCCGUCUGACCCUCAGUCCCAGUGCAGGUUUUGUGCUCUUGCAGUUCUAGAAGUAAUGAUUGAAUAAUGAUGUCACUUUUUGAACCAUCACUAAAAGUGUUUGAGUUUAUGGUUGGCUGAACAAACAAAGCCAGCAAAUUCCAUCCACCCUGUAAAAAAACAACAACAAAAAACUACAGCACUCACAACAAACCAUCAGCAGACGUGAUGCAGCGUUAUUCAUUAUGGGGGGUUUUCUGGAGACACCCCCUCCCUCCCUUUGUCCCUCUGUGCAUAUGAGCCUUCUUAACUAUUCCUGUGACCUGCUCUUUGAUGUCUUUGAUUCCUCAUACAAAGAUGGUGAUAUUUAACAAAAUGUGAAAUAAAUCUUUUACUCAUCUUAACCUGA